GGGACAUCUCUAGUGCGCCGGGAUGCCGGGGACAAGACCUUUCACUUUGACAACGGCGGCAUUUGUUGUGCUGCUGCCGUGCGUGAUGUCCUUCAACGUGGACCAGAAGAACAGCAUGUCGUUCGAAGGUCCGCUGGAGGACAUGUUCGGCUACACCGUCCAGCAGUUUGAGAACAGCGAGGGGAAAUGGGUUCUGAUUGGAUCGCCGCUGUCGGGCCAGCCCGCCAAACGGACAGGGGACGUCUACAAGUGUCCCGUGGGGACGGGGAACAACACGUGUGUCAAACUGGAGCUACCUAAAAACACAACGAUUCCCAACUUACACGAAGUGAAAGAGAACAUGACCAUGGGAAGCACGCUGGUGACCAAUCCCAACGGAGGAUUUCUGGCCUGCGGUCCUCAGUACGGCUACAUGUGUGGGCAGCAGCAGUACAUCUCAGGAGUGUGUGCGAAUGUCAGCGAAUCCUUCCAGAUCCUCAACUCUCUGGCACCGGCCGUGCAAGAGUGUGCGAAGGAGCUGGACAUUGUGAUCGUUCUGGACGGCUCUAACAGCAUCUACCCCUGGUCCAGCAUCGUCGAUUUCCUGAAACGUUUCAUCGAGAACAUUGAAAUCGGACCUAAACUCUCACAGGUGGGGAUCGUGUCCUAUGGGGAGACCGUGACUCACCGGGUCAACCUGAGCCAGUUCGACAACACUCAGAAUCUGCUGGAAUUUGUCGGAGAACUUCCUCAGCAAACCGGCUUCAGGACCAUGACUUUCCUGGGCAUCGAUACCGCCAGGAAAGAGGCCUUCAUGCUGGAGCGCGGUGCACGACCUGGGGUGAAGAAGGUCAUGGUUAUUGUGACUGACGGGGAGUCACAUGACUUCUAUAAUCUGGACAAGGUCAUCGGAGGCUGCGACAACGACGACAUCGAGAGGUUUGGCAUCGCUGUUUUAGGAGACUACAAUCGUCAGAACAAAAGUGCAGAAGAAAUGCAGAAGUUUAUCAAGGAGAUUGCAUCCAUCUCCAGUCAGCCGCUGCAAGACCACUUCUUCAACGUGUCCGACGAGGUGGCCUUGUUGACCAUCGUGGAUGCUUUGGGGAGCAAGAUCUUUGCUUUGGAAGCUACAACCGGCAAUUUCACCUCCUCCUUUGAGAUGGAGAUGUCUCAAGCUGGCUUCAGUGCACAUUCUUCCAAAAACGGCCUGUUACUGGGAGCAGUGGGAGCGUUUGACUGGAACGGGACCGUGGUGAUGCACACUGCUGGGGGAACGAUCAUUCCUGGGAAGACCCAGUUCUACGACCCAGAGACCGAGGCCGGGUACGAAGGGCUCGCCGGCUACCUGGGCUAUGACGUACAGUCGGCAUCCACCCCCGACGGAGUGCUAUACAUCACAGGCGCGCCGCGGUACAACCACACGGGCCGGGUCGUUAUCUAUCGUCUGGAUGAGGAGAAGAACAUCGUGGUCUCCCAGAUACUGAAGGGACAACAAAUCGGUUCCUACUUCGGCAGCGUCCUGCAGACUGUCGACGUGGAUGCAGAUUCCUACACGGAUCUCCUCUUGGUCGGCGCUCCGAUGUAUAUGGGCACGGAAAGAGACGAGCAGGGACAAGUCUACGUCUACAAACUCCAGGAUGGCCAGUUUGAGCACGAGUUCACCUUAAAGCCCGUCAAUCAGUCCUGUUGCACUGCGCACUCGGCCAGCUGCACCAAUAAGAACGAGCCGUGCGGUGCCCGCUUUGGUACGGCCAUUGCCGCGAUAUCAGACCUCAACCUCGACGGGUUCAACGACGUGGCCAUCGGGGCACCUUUAGAGAACGAUCACCGGGGGGCCGUCUACAUCUAUCAUGGAGAGAAGACGUCACUGAAAAAGAAAUUUGUACAGCAUAUCCCUGCAGUUGGGGACGGUGAAAAGGUGAAAUUCUUCGGUCAAUCCAUACAUGGAGUCAUGGAUCUGAAUGGAGAUGGAAUCACUGAUGUUACCAUAGGAGGUCUGGGAGGGGCUUCACUAUUUUGGUCCAGAGAUGUUGCAGCGCUCCGAGCCAACAUGACCUUCGACCCUGUUAAAAUCAACCUGCAGCAGACUCAGUAUCAGUGUGGUGGACGCAAAUCAGUGUGUGUGACGACGGAGGUGUGCUUUGUCUACAAUAUCAAGUCUGACAACCAGGACGCCAACUCUGCUGCUGACAUCCGCUACCAUCUGACUCUGGAUGCUCUGCGUUCCAAGUCCAGGGCUUUGUUUAUGGCCUCGGACGAUAAAAGCGAUCGCAGGAUCACCAGGAGCCUCAGCAUCAAAGACAAGGAGAAAAGAUGUGUGCAAGAGAUCUUCGUGAUGUCGGCCCGGCUGGACUUCCGAGACCCUCUCAUGGUGUCUUUGGAGUUUGGACUUGCUGACGAAGACCAAGGCCCCGUCCUGGAUGAAAACCUUCCCAAAUCCAUCAACAAGACAAUUCCCCUAGUUGACUGUGGAAGUGAUGAGAAGUGCAUUGCUGACCUCUCUCUCAAAGCAGAGCCUAGUGUCAAAAAAAUGAUGAUUAAAGACAACAAAGACAAGAUUGAUGUGUACAUCAACGUAAGAAACAGCAAAGACAACGCGUACAACACGAGGGUCAUCCUGAGCUUCACUCCGAACAUCAACUACGUGAAAGUAGAGCCGGAGAAGGCAUGCACUCUGAAUAACACAAAGCUGGAGUGUGCUGUUGUGUACCCCUUUUUGGGAAGUAACGUCGAGGAAAAUUUCAAAGUGAAAUUUGAAGUAAAUCCCAAACAUAUCCAGGAGGUCAUUCAGAUCAACGUGACAGCUACAAGUGACAGUGAAGAGCUGGAUUCGACCCAGCACGACAACACGGUGCACAUCUCCAUCCCUGUGAAGUACGAAGCCGGACUGAUAUUCUCAGUGCGGCCGGGGGAUGAACACAUCAUCGUAAAAGAGGGAGAACAGUAUUCGACUGUAAUUAAUGACACCAGCAUGAUCGGAGAGGAGGUCAACAUCAGCUACACGGUGGAGAAGUCGGGUGACGUGGCGUCCCCCCCACUCGACCUCACCGUGAUGUAUCCUGACCAGUCUCCUCGGCAGAACGACUUACUGUACCUGACCCACGUCAGCACCAGCCCACAGGUGAAGUGUGACGCGGCGCGUUGGAUCAACCGCCACAAUAUCAACCCGAUAGUCAUCAAUCCAAAUCCAAAGAAAGAAACUCUCAGUGUCUUCCUGCUGAGCUGUGCGAACCUGUACUGUGCAUCGUUCAGCUGCUCCAUCCCCGAGGCCUCGUUCAGUCAGGUGAACGUCACGUUCAGGGUGUGGAAACCCACGUUCAUCAAGGGCGAGUUCUCCAGUCUGUACAUGUUGGUGAACGCCACGCUGGGCAUCAGAAACACGAAGCUGUUUGAGCUGAACGACAGUGACAGGACCAGAAGUGUGAAGAUCCAGGUGUCGAAGGAGACCUCAGGAGGAAUCCCCAUCUGGAUCAUCAUCAUGAGCAUCCUGAUAGGUCUGCUGAUCUUGGCGCUCGUCAUCUUCGCUCUCUGGAAGAUGGGCUUCUUCAAGAGAAAAUCCAGGGACUACUCAAAGGAGGAAAUGAUGGAUUGAGGCAUCCAGACAUCCAGCAGCGAGCGGCUGCGUGCGCAUCCAGAACCACCAGGAGGGACCGGCAGACUUUCAAACAGGCGGACAGGCGGACGACCCACAGGCACCAGACCCACAGGCAUCCUGUGCAGGCCUGGGCCCAAUGACGUUUGACUUCCCAACCCCUUGUGCUUUGACGCCUUGAGCACGAGGUCCCACUUCAGAUGGUCUCACACACACCGAGAGCGCUCGGACAGACGCUUACUUUUAAUUGUGUAAAGUCGUUGGCACUCACUGUAUUUUUUGUAUUUUCAGCUUUUGUUGUUGUUGUUGUGGGUACACGGCGUCCAUCUUGUCAGGUUCAAGAAGGAAGAAAACCAUCACUUCUCAGGCAUCUGUUGGCAAAGUAGCAUAUAUCUGUAUUACAUACGGCGGUUUUGCAAAAACACAAGAGCUACGAUAGCUGCACUCCAGCUUUAGAGGGGAGAAAAGUACUCAGGUAUUUCUGUGUGUGAAUCUAAUGUUCCGAAGCCACCCGACUUACUUUCUAUGCCGUUGCAGCGACGAUGUCCAAAGGUCUCUUCGCUUCUGAGACAACAUGUGAAUUCACAUGUGUCGGAGCCGCCUGUCUUGAUAGCUUUAUGAAACACUGUACCUUUGAGCAUUUUAUAGCAGUUUGUUUUUGUUUGCUAUUUUUGCUGAAUUUUAACAAUUAUAAAGUGGCACAUCCUUAAUCCUAACAUGUUUUCUAAAGACACUGACCUGUACGCCAGAUGUAUUUGCAGUCGGUAUGCUUUUAUUUUGUACACAUUUAUUCUUAAUUAACCAAAUCAAAAAACAAAAACAAAAAACCUUGUCCCCAACUCCGAUGUUUAAUAUUUUUAGUUAGUGUCACCGUGGUUACUGAGAGAUACAGUAAGCUCUGCCUUCAAAAUCCCAAACUUUGAUUGCACUGUAAAUAUCAGUAGAUGCUUAUAAAUGUACAUAAUUGUGUUUUGCUAAUUCAUGUAAUUUAAGAGAUGUUAUCCAUCAGUCUUGUGAUCAGUGGUCAGAGGAGAUGAUUUUGCUCAGGUGCUACGACUAUCACGAAGGAUCUCGUUAACAUUGGACAUGUAAGAAAGUUAUCGGGGCGAUCUCACAAUUCAAAAGCUGAUGCAAAUAUGUAAAUAUUGUUAUAUUUUGACGAGAUAAUGAAAGUAUAACUAUUCUGUACUGAAGAUGAGGGUUUGUAUCCACUACUUUGGUUUUAUUUGAUUGAAUGACUGCAUUGAGGUGAGAUAUGACUGUCGCUUUUUUGAUUUGCAAAAUGAAAGGUGGAAUGUCUUAUGAUGUAGAAACGUAUGUCACCAGCAGUUGCCAUUGGGUCAAUGGCAUUCACUGGAGGAGUGUAGUGUAGACGAGGUACAACAUGUACACUAAGCAUUAGCAUACAACGGCUCAAGAGCACCCCACAUGUGGUACACCGUACUUUACAAAGUUAAUCUUUCAGGUUUUCUGUCUUGUUUUUGUUUCCAGAAGUUGCACGAUGUGUUUAAAUAAAUGAUGUUGUAUUAUGGGGAGGCUGGGUUUCCCCCUCUUUCUCGACCUUCUCCCUCACUGUCAUACAAUACAGCUGAGGGAAGACAGGAGGAAGAAGAAGGAGCAGCUUUUUGAUAUGAAAUACUCCCCAGCUCCCCGCACUCUCCACUCUUGAGAUGAAGCACAUGUAAUAAAUUGUAUGUACAGAAUGUGUUGCUGUUGUUUGGCUACAUCAGGCUUUAAGCACCAGGGCGAAGUCACGAGUCUCUCUUUGUCCACUUGAGGUGGCCUGGGAGUGUCUUCACACAUCCUCCACCUCUAUUAACGUCUGUGGUGAAGUGACGGGCAAAGUGAGAGUCGUGAGCGCCACCCCAGCCUUCUACACUGCUGUGAAGUCUUCAUUGUAAUGCACUGGUUUGUCAGACUACACGCGUCCUCAUCAGCACAGAAAUGAACUGAAUACAAAUAAAAAAUAAAUACUUUUUAUGAAAAAAA